AUGAACACCACCGAAAAGUUCCCGAACUUCCCUACUGUUAACAAAAUAAGUGCACUCCUCUCACCCAUAUCGCUACGAGACGACGAAACGGAGAAUCGCCUCGGACACGCCCAAAUCAUCCAGCUCCUGAAGUUCUGUCUCAAGACGUACUUUACAUUCGACGGAACAAUCUAUGAGCAGGUGAAGGGAACGCCAAUGGGUUCGCCGAUUUCGGGACUCAUAGCCGAGGCGGUCAUACAACGGCUGGAGUCGCUGGUUUUCCGACACCACAGACCGAAAUGCUGGGCUCGGUAUGUGGAUGACACCUUCGUCGUCAUCGAACGGGAUCAGGUGCUGACUUUCAAAGAACAACUCAACGCCAUCUUCCCGGACAUUCAAUUUACGAUGGAGGAGAAAAACAAUCAGCUGGCCUUCCUGGAUGUCCUCGUCUGCCGCAAAGAUUGUGGUGGCCUAAAAACC